UGCACAGCCGGCCCGCCCGCCCAUUACCCGCGCGGGGCAGCCUGCUGCAGACUCGGGGCGGACCAUGAGCCCGCCGCCCACCACCUGGCUAUGCGCCCUGGCCGGCACCCUCGCCUGCGCCCUCAGCCCCGCGGCUGCAGCAAGAUGUGGGAUAACCUCACCUGUUGGCCGGCCACCCCUCGGGGCCAGGUGGUCGUCUUGGGCUGUCCCCUCAUCUUCACUCUCUUCUCUUCUAGUCGAGGGGGACGAGGGGCUCCAGGCAACAGAGUGCCCCUUCAGUCACUGCUGGGAGCCCAAAAAGAUCUGGAGUCAGGCUGACCAGGAUCUGCAUACCAAGUCUGCUGCUUCCUUGCUUGUAACCACCGGCCUCAACGUGAGCCGAAGCUGCACUGAAGAGGGCUGGACACACCUGGAGCCUGGCCCCUACUCUGUUGCCUGUGGCUUGGAUGACCAGGAAUUGAGUUUGGAUGAGCAGCAGCAGACCAGGUUCUAUAGUUCAGUGAAGACUGGCUACACCAUCGGCUACAGCCUGUCCCUUGCAGCCCUUCUGAUCGCCAUGGCUGUCUUGAGCUUGUUCAGGAAGCUUCACUGCACAAGGAACUACAUCCACAUGCACCUCUUCAUGUCCUUCAUCCUGAGAGCCACCGCUGUCUUCAUCAAAGACUUGGCCCUGUUCAACAGUGAGGAGUCAGACCACUGCUCUGCAGGCUCGGUGGGCUGUAAGGCAGCUGUGGUCUUAUUCCAGUACUGUGUCAUGGCCAACUUCUUCUGGCUGCUGGUAGAGGGACUCUACCUACACACCCUGCUCGCCAUCUCCUUCUUCUCCGAGCGGAAGUACUUCUGGGGGUACAUACUCAUCGGCUGGGGGGUACCCAGCACCUUCACCAUGGUGUGGACCAUCAUCAGGAUCCAUUUUGAGGAUGAUGGGUGCUGGGACACCAUCAACUCCUCAUUAUGGUGGAUCAUAAAGGCCCCCAUCCUCACCUCCAUCUUGGUAAACUUCAUCCUGUUCAUUUGCAUCAUCCGAAUCCUGGUUCAGAAACUGCGGCCCCCAGAUGUCAGGAAGAGUGAUAGCAGCCCAUACAUGAGGCUGGCCAAGUCCACGCUCCUGCUGAUUCCCCUGUUUGGAGUCCACUACAUCAUGUUUGCCUUCUUCCCUGACAACUUUAAGGCUGAAGUGAAAAUGGCCUUUGAGCUCGUCCUGGGGUCUUUCCAGGGUUUUGUGGUGGCCAUCCUCUACUGCUUCCUCAAUGGCGAGGUGCAGGCUGAGCUGCGAAGGAAAUGGCGGCGCUGGCACCAGCAGGGCGUCCUGGGCUCAAACCCCAAAUACCAGCACCCUUCUGGAGUCAUUAACUGUGCCACGAGCAGCACUCAGGUCUCCAUGCUGAGCCGCAUCAGCCCAGAUGCACGCCGCUCCUCCAGCUUCCAAGCUGAAGUCUCCCUGGUGUGACUGCUGGGCACCCAGGGCGGCCCUUCUGCCCCCACCCCCCCCCAGGUGGCACGGGAAACAGAGGCCUGCCUGGACGCGGCUAGCCCCAGCUGUGGGCAUAGAACGUGCUCCGGCCCCCAAGUCACUGUCUGGACUUCCUUGGGGAGUGCAGCCCUUGUGCUUGCCUGGGAAAUAGGAGGGUGCAUACCUGGGAGAGCCAAAGAAGAGGUGGGAGUGCUUCCCCUGCAGGAUGUAGGGUGGAAAUCAGUCAUCAGACUCCUCCCACAAAGCCCCCCUCUGCCAAUCAAGAGCAGGAAAUCUGACUUUGACCCCUGAUAGCUCUCCUGAUCAAUCAGAGGAAGGCAGCCCCUCCUCCAACGCUGUUGGUGUGAUCUGAGAGGACAAUGGUCAUGCCCAGAAAGGUCACCCACCCGCCACCAGCCACCACCUCAACGGUGCCUGAAAUUCCAUCAUUACUGUCACAUUCCUUUGGGUUAAGCAUUGCCACUCACACAUCUCUCUGAAGAUGCAUUUCCCCCUCCCCCAGGGCCUGCUCUGAGCUGCCAGUUCGAUACGUGAGUGAGUUUCUCUGCCUCAGGCAGCUGCGGUUGUGAUGUUGGGUUUGGGGGGCACAGCUACCUCUGCAGUCCCCUCUGAGAUGGAGCUAGGGGCUCCAAGGGCCCUCUCAGACCAUGGCUGUGGCUGGAACCAUGCACCCUGAGGACCUGAGAACCCUGAAGCUUCUGGGGAGCCUACCCACUCUCCAACCCUGGCAGCUCUACAUCCAGCCAAGAGGAAACAGUUCUAUUCUUAGGUCAAUAUGAAGCAGCUGACAGAGCUGCUGGAGGUCCCAGAAAUGGUUAAGUAUGAGCCUUCCAAAGGCUGAAGUCAUUCCAGCAGAGAAGGAAUAGAUGGAGUGUGAGAUGACCAUGUCACCCUUGCCUAGGGUUCAGUCAAGAGGAGGUAGAUAGAAGAGAGCACAGAUGUCACCAAAACAAGUAAACAGAGGCAGUAUGACUAAUAGAAAAGUUUAGAAACAGGUAGUAGGGUGAAGUAGAUGAUGUCAGUCAGAAAGAGAUGUCUCCAUAGUCAUUGCCCAAGCUGAGAUCUGAGAAUUGGAGGGGCUCCUUCUCCAGAGAUGAGCUGAGGUGGUAGAAGAGGGGCAGGGAAGGAAGAGAAGCAGAAGCCAGAGGAGCCAACAGAUCCUAGAAGCAGGGUGUUUGUAGAGAGGAGGGCAGCACCUUGCCUUCCACUUCCUGUAAACUUGCAAGGAGGCUGUCUUGCUGCCGGAGCAGGAGAGAGAUGCCAAGCUGUUAAGAAGAGACCAGAGAGGGCUGGUAAAAGCUCAGAUCUACCCACAAAGCUCUUUCAAAGUCUUGUUCUGCUCACUACCAUCCCAUGACCCAUCACCAAAUGACAGCCCCAGCCCAGCAUCCUGCAGAGGAUAUGUGUGACUGUGAGCCUGAGGCAGGGGCAGCCCCAGGUAAAUACCCUUUCAUCAGUUGUCCAGUAGUAGCUAACACCUUCCAUCUACAUUCAUAAACACACCAUGCCCUGCCCUGUGCAUGGUCAGCUGUACGACAGAGGAGGUGGUACUCCCAGCUUUGGCCUCAAGUACUCCCAGGCCUGCUGGAGAGAGCAUUCUCAGCUCCCCCACCCCCAGGCCAACAGUGUCUGCUGACUUCCAGUGAGAGACCUCCAGUUCCAGGAAGGUGCUGAUGGUGAAGAGCUGGGCUGGGGACUUGGGGGACCAGGGACUUCCAUUCUUCCUGGAGGGUCUCACACUCCUGCUACUCCCAAGGCAUGAGGGAUAAGAGGAAACAGGCAAUGUGUCCAUGUGCCUCUCACCCAGCUGGGCAUGGCACUCACCCUCUCUGAUUUCCCUCCUUCUCUUCCUCCCUCCCUACUCUGUGCUUCCCCAAACUGGUUCCUUGUUCACUCCCAUACUUCUCAGAAAGGUCCAGAAGACAGAGCCCAAGUUGUUUAGUCCUGAUUCUGCUUCACAUUUGUUCUGAGACCAUAAGCAGGUCGUGAUCUCUGGACCUCAGUUUCUCUAUCUGUACAAUAGAGGGUGUUGUGUGGGGAGUUCUUCACGUCCUCCUGGCCAAGGCUUUGGUGGCUAACAAGAAGAGGGCUGCCCAGAGCCCUCAGCCACCUGCUCUGCCCUCUGAGCUCAGAAAAGGAGGACAGCAGCUGAAGGGGAAACCUCAAAUACUCUGGGGGCCAAGGGCAUACACAGAGGAUGGAGCCUGUGCAGAGAACUCGGUUUGAGAAUUGGAGGGGCUCUUCUAGAGAUGAGCUGAGGUGGUAAAGAGGGGCAAGGAAGGAAGGGAAGCAGAAACCAGAGAAGCCAACAGAUCCUAGAAGCAGGGUGUAUGUAGAGGAAAGGGCAGCACCCUAUCUUCCAGAUCAGGGAUCUCACAGGCUGCCUGAGGUAUGUGAAGGCCAAGUGCGGCCCCCAGACCAAGCUGAAGCUGGUCCGUCCACCACAGUGCCUGAAAUCCCAACAUCAGUGUCAUGGCUUCAGGGAAAGGCAGAGAGCCCUGCGUAAGGGAGCAGAGUUACCAGGCAAGAGGGUGUAGAGUGAAUGAAACGCAUAGAGACUGAAGAUACGGGCAACAAAAGGCAGGACAGCUGAGGCCCUCUGACCAGGGAGGGGACAAGAGGUGAAAAGCCCAGUGAAGCCAAAACACAGAUGCAGACCAGCAGAGGCUGUAACUGGGCAUCCCGACCUGGAAACAGACAUGGAGUAGGGGUGACCACGAGCAGCACUCCUCCUCCUUCCCCUCUACCCCCCAGGUCCCAGGGUCCCUAUCCUGCUUUGCAGGACACUUGUCAGUCAAGGCCAGUUCAUCUCUGUCGCCACCUGGUGGGUGCUUCAAGGAUUUCACCAAGGUUAGCUGUAGUGCCCCAAAGACCAGGUUGCGGGCCCCUGCCCAGGAGGCCUAGUGACACAGGGCAGGUCUCUCUCAGCUGCAUUUCAGAGUGACAGACAAGAGGGAGGUGGUGAGGCACAGGACUGGUGACCCCAGGGUCAGCCUGGGGAUAAGGAAACCCAGGGCCUGGGCCCCAUACCCAGGACCCCUGAUCUUGGUGAACCCUGGGAUCUGUGCCUCAGAUCCAGCUGUGACACCUGGCAGAGCCUGCCUCUGGUUAACCACAGGCUAGGCCUUGGCCCGUGUCCAGAUUGAAACCUGGCCCCUGGCCCCUGACCCCAGAUCCCAGUCUCUGAGGCCAAAGCCCAGUUAACCCAGGUUAGCACCUCCUCGGACGACAAAGACAAGGAAACCUCCCUCCCCAGCACUGAGAUCCACCAGUGUGUAGAUGUCAGAGCAACCAUGUAAAUGAUUCCUGCCAAGCAGGGACACGGGCUGCCCAAGGACGUUGGCCAGUCUGUCUGCAGUCAGGAUAGCGAGCAGCUUCUCAGGUGAGGUAACAUCGGGCUGGUCUCUGAGGACUAGGUGGGCUCCCUGGGCCCCACAGGAGCAGGAUGAGUAAUAGGGACACCUGAAACCAAGUGACUGGCUCCUGGAGCCCUUUCCAGCAGGAACACAGGGGAGGCUUCUUAAAUGAGGCCAAAGGGGUGGGGAUGGCUACUCUGGCUGCUGUGAAGGGCCCCAGGGGCAGGUCUGGGAGAAGUGGCCAGUCCAUUAUCCAGGUGAGGGAGGAGGAAGAGCAGGUUUGGGAGAUGAUGACCUGGUUUUGCACAUGCUGAAUGCAAUGUCUGUGGGACACCUGGUGAGAAGCCCCAAAGCUGUUGGAAAUAGGACCUAAAGUGACAGGGCCCAGGCAGGGGCCGAGGAGACCAGGACAGCCCCUGGGUGUGGGAGAGGGGUGCACAGGGAGUCUUUAGCCCAAGGCACCUCCAUACGAUGUGCUGGGCAGAGGAGGGGUAUGGAGUCAGCAUCAGCCCCUCUGUUCUCACCCCUCACCAGGGCCUGUUUUAAUGAGCAGUGACCCAGCCUCUCCCCACAACCCCCCCCCCCAUGUGGGAACAGGAACUGGUCUUAUCUCUCCCGGGGGAGGGGGCUGGAGCCACAGCUGGCAGUCAUUAAACACCCUCAUCACGCCAGGGAUGGCCGAGAUAUUAAUAGCCAGGAGCCGAUGGCCCUGGAGACAGACACAGGCUCCCAGGAAGAGGGACAGUAACCUCACAGGCCAUGGGGAUGAAGGGGACGGGUCAGGAAGCCAUCCCAGCAAUGCCCCAGCCUCCUCCACGCAGGACAGAGAGGGAAACCAAUGUCCAGAGAAGGGAAGGAAUUGCUCAGGGUCUCCAGCAAGUCACUGACAGAGCCCAGCCUUGAACUGAGUUCUCCAAAUUCAAAGCCCUGCUCCGCCCAGUGUGUGGAUUGUCACAGGAGAGACUGAUUGGGAGUGCCCUGUGGGAGGACACAGGAGGAGCAGACCAGGUUGGGGCUGCUGAUCUUGUCUUUACUACUUUUUUAAAAAUUGAGGUCAAAUUCACAUAACAGAAAAUUUACCAUUUUGAAGUGAACAAUUCAGGGGCAUUUUGUGCAUUCACAGUGUUGUGCAACCACCUCUGUCUAGUUCCAGAACAUUUUCAUCAGCCCACAAGGAAACCCCAUACCUGCUAAGCAGUUGCUCCCAUUGCCCCCUCCUCCCCACUCCUGGUAACCACCGAUCUGCAUCCUGUCUCUAUGGGUUUACCUCUUCUGGGUAUUUCAUAUAAACAGAAUCGUACAAUAUGUGACCUUUCACAUCUGGCUUCUUUCACUUAGCAUAAUGUUUUCGAAGUUUAUCCACAUCGUAGCAUGUAUCAGUACACUUUAAAUUUUUGAUAUUUUGUUCAUUAUGUAUUUUUGCAUUACUUUUGAUUUUUUUUAAUAUUGCAUUAAAAUAUUAUUUAUCUUGCUUACUGAGUUUUCUGGUGCCCUCUUGUAUUUUGCACCUCA